AUGAGGCGCUUGUUCGGGCCGCUCCUCGUUGUCUGGCUCUUACUGCUCAGCUCUGUCGUCGCAUUCCCUGAGUUAGGAUUACGAGACGCGGCGGGCAGCCAACUGUCACCAUGCGCUUCCACCUGCUGGGCGCAGGGCUUUGCAGCUGCGAAUUGCUCGUACUCAGAUGCAGCAUGUCAAUGCGAUAGUCCGGACAUCAAGAAUCGAGUAUCAACGUGUGUGGUGUUUAACUGCACAUACCAAGAUGCUAUCGUUGACGAGCAAGCAGAACUAUCCAGGGAAUGGGCGCAACGAUGCGAUCUACCGCACAAUAAUCACAACGCGGCCCUGAGAUCAGCGGCAGUGGGAAGCGCUAUUGCCGCGUUCCUCAUGGUUGGGCUUCGCAUAGUAGCGAGAUUCUGUACGAUACGAUUUUGGUGGGAUGACUGGUGUCAUCUCACUGCUGGGGCGCUUGCCAUACCUCUGGCCAUCUUCAGUAAUCUCUGUGUCACCUUUGGCAUGGGGUACCACAUGUACGAUAUCAACUUCUCGUCGAUGACUGAGGCUCGAGAGCUCUUCAUAUGGUACUACUUGGCCGAAAUCUUCUACUGUGUCGAGAUUUACUUCAUCAAAAUGUCAAUCCUCUGCCUCUACGUUCGAAUUUUCCCCAAAACGGGUUCCCAUCGAUACUUCAUCAUCACGAUGGUUCUGUUGACAAUUUCUGUUUUGAUUCUUGUCCCGAUGAUCAUCUGGCAAUGCGUCCCGAUUCACAGCAUCUGGGACCUUCACCGAGGCGAUGCCCGAUGCCUCGAUGUGAUCGGAUUGGCCUAUGCCAACGCAGGCGUAAACCUUGCAACGGAAAUUGCAAUCCUCAUUCUUCCUCUUCCUCUUCUUCAAAAACUCCGUGUGUCCAAAUCCAAGAAAGCCGCGUUAUACGCGAUUUUCGGGACCGGAAUCCUAGUUAUUGCAAUCGCAUCUGCGCGUAUCCCGAGCCUCGCACACGUGGUCUCGAUCCAAGAUCCCUCGUAUACGAACCCAGGAGUGUUCUACUGGACAUGUGCCGAGACAUCCGUCGCCCACGUCUGUGCCACGGCGCUGACAGUCCGACCUCUAUAUCUGAAGCUGCGAGGGAUGUACCGUCUGAGGAAAGAGGGAGGAUCAAAGAUUCCUGGUACCGAUAUUCCUUGCGUCUGCUCAGUCUCGAAGCCUGUUGGUACAAGGACGCCGGAGGACUGUGAAGUCGAGUUCUCGAAGGAAUCGUCCCAUCGUUCGGAUAGCUCGGUCGCAAGCGGGCAAUUGUCACGGAAGGAUGCGCCUCACUACGACGACGUAUAA